UCCUAAAAGAUAUUUAGAUUCUUUAACGUCAAAUUGAGUGAAUUUUUUGAUACUCAAACUUGAAUUAUCUGAAAUAUUAACUCCAGCAAUUGAUUUGAGAUCAAAAUUCCCAAAUUAACUCAAAAAUCCCUCUUAAAACCCUUCGCUUAGCAACCUCCUUGACCUGUAGGAGUUCCCUAAUGUAAGGCUUGAGAGUUUAGAAUUGUUCAUUAUUUCUUUUUUCUUCAAUCAAAAUUGUGCCAUUAUAAAUUGUCUCAUUGGUGGUGGUGGUGGUGUGUCGGUGGUUCUUGCUUAUUUAACGUUCACGCUCACUGGUGUAACCAUGUCUAACUACCGGUCCCGAUCGCCUUAUGUAGCAUCCAAGAAAUCCAGAAACUCAACCCCUGAAAGAAGACGGUAUCGUCGGAGAAAUAUGGACGAUGAUGAGGAUGGACAUCUUAUUUACCGGAGAGGAGAUACUCUUCAAAAGAGAUAUAAAAUAUUAUCAACUCUUGGAGAAGGAACUUUUGGAAAAGUCGUACGAGUUUUAGAUUUAAGAACUGAUCAAAUGGUUGCUCUCAAAAUCAUUAAAAACGUGGACAAAUAUAGAGAAGCUGCUAAAUUAGAAAUAAAUGUUUUAGAAAAACUAGCUGAAGCAGACCCCCAUGGUAAACAGUCCAACGGUGACUCUUCUCAAAGUCUUUGUGUAAAAAUGUUAGAUUGGUUCGAUUACCAUGGUCAUAUAUGUAUUGCUUUUGAAAUGCUUGGACUGAGUGUUUUUGAUUUUUUGAAAGAUAAUAAUUACCAACCAUAUCCUAUUGAUCAAGUCCGUCAUAUUGGCUACCAACUAUGUUACUCUGUUAAAUUUCUUCAUGAUAACCAUCUCACUCAUACCGAUUUAAAACCAGAGAAUAUCCUUUUCAUUGAUUCCGAUUUUGAUGUUGUCUAUGUUUCCAAGAAAAGCAAGGAAAAGAAGAAGGACGUCAAGCGAGUGAAAAAUACUGAUAUAAAACUUAUUGACUUUGGAUCAGCAACUUUCGACGAUGAACAUCACUCCACUAUAGUUUCGACUCGUCAUUACAGAGCGCCGGAAGUAAUAUUAGAAUUAGGCUGGACUCAGCCUUGUGAUGUUUGGAGCAUCGGUUGUAUUCUUUUUGAACUUUACCUGGGUAUAACACUGUUUCAGACUCAUGACAAUCGUGAACAUUUGGCAAUGAUGGAGAGAAUUUUAGGACCUUUGCCUUAUAGAAUGUGCCGUAAAACUAAGACGAAAUAUUAUCACCAUGGACGACUUGAUUGGGAUUACAAAUCAUCAGCUGGACGAUAUGUUAGAGAAAAUUGCAAACCUUUACAUAGAUAUUUAUUGAGUGAUGAUGAGGACCAUCGAUUACUUUUUGAUCUGAUAGGAAAAAUGUUGCAAUACGAACCAAUCAGUAGAAUAACAUUGUCUGAAGCACUUGAUCAUCCAUUCUUCGAGAAAUUACCUUUGGAACAACGUUUGCAUCUGAUAGAGAGGAACAAUAACAGGGAGAGAGGAGACGAAAGAAGAGACAGUUCUUGAUGGAACCUGCAUUUUACCUUAUUUUUGUCGGAUAGCAUAUCAUCAAUCUUCCAUCCAUCAUUUCAAAUAAGAGACUUCGAAAAGAAAGAUCGAGAAGAUUGAACAAAGCGUGACUUAGAGAUUAUUGAGAGACUGUUAUGAUUUCCUUUUCCUUUUGGAUCAAUUCUCUGGAUUUGCUUACAUAAUUAAUUUUUAUAACAAAAAUAGAAUCAAGAAAUAACCUCAAGGAGAUGAGCAGGACUUUUCUCUCCUUAAGAAGUCUACAAUCUAGUGAAAAUUGGUUCUGAUGUUUUGACGUCCAGUGAAAUAACCGAUUUAAGAAUUUAUCCUCAAAAAGAUGAUACUAAUUCAUUUUUUUUUACUUCUUAGAGGAACUGAGUAAAUUAAUCAAUUUGAUUACCAAAUUAAACUCAACAAUCUCAAUAAAUUCGUCCAAAACAAAAGCCUCACCAGCCACUGGAAAGCUUAUUCAUUAUAAUUUCUCUCUUUUCAAUCCCUCUUUUUAUUUUUCUUGUCAUCAUUUUGAUUUCUGCAUCCAUCUUUGUGGUCAAAGAUAAGAAGUUAAUCAAAUUAAUCAUCAUGCCUCAAUCAUCUGUCUUUUGUCCACUUUUCCUGAUUUCAUCCUCAUGUGAUUCUUUAUUACAUUUAGUCAUGUUUUGUGUUUUUUUUUGACCAAACAACGCUCAAAUAUUUAAACCUCAAUGGAAGUAAACUUCUUAAUUUGCUUAA